CAGCUGCGGUGGGAGCGGAGCGGAGCCGGGACGUGGCCGGGGCUUAUGGCCUGGCCGAAGCAACGUUACGUGAGGUGCGCAGGGCAGCGCUCCGGAUUAGAGGGGGAGGGAGGCAGGCACCCACCCACCGACUAAUCCGGAUUGAAGAAUUCCUUCUGUGAGCUGGCAGCCCAGUGCAGAACGGGGCCUGACCCGGCCCUACGACCCGCUCCCAUCUGCUCACUUCCACGCAGCAUCCAGCCCUGAGAGCUGCCCAGAACAGUGCAGUGACUGAGACCAGACCUGCCUGCCUGUGUUUGGAGUGAAGGGAAGCAAGCAUGUCUGAAGAGAACCUCCUGAGCAUGGAUGAGGGAGCCCUCCGGAAACUGCUGGAGGCCACGCUGGACCUUGCUGAGCGGCGCCAGAUCCGCUCGGCCAUCCGGGAGCUGCGGCGCCAGGAGCUGGAGCGGGACGAGGAGGCUCUGGCGUCCAAGCGCUUCCGCUCGGAGCGCGGCAGCCACCGGCAGGAGAACAAGGAGAACUGGCUGCGGUCUCAGCGGCUGGAGGAGGAGCAGCAGAAAUCUCUGGCACUGCUCUCUGGGAAGCUCGACUCCAUCACGGACGUGGAGGAGCUGACGGCUCUGCUGCGAGGAGCCGGCGAGUACGAGGAGCGCAAGCUGAUCCGGGCCGCCAUCCGCAAGCUGCGGGCCAAGGAGAUUGAGGCUGCAGCCUCGGCAGGGAGAGCCCACGGCAGCCAGAAAGGGGAAAAUGAGCCCCUGGCCUCCAAGGGGAAGGAGAGCCCGGACGGGGGCAGCUCUGUGCCAGAGGACCUGGAGGAGCGGGAGCGGAUCCGGGCUAAGAUCCGGGAGCUACGCAGUGAGCAGAGGAGAGAGCCCCAGAAACCGGAUGCCCAGGACCCGGCCUCGGGGACCCUGCUGCUCCUGGACCCGCUGCCUCCCCCGCACUGCUCCUCGUCCUCGGAGCUGGAGCCACAGCAGAGAGCCGAUCCCCCGGAGCGCAGCUCCCAGAGCCCUGAGCCCGGCCCAGGGGCAGAGCAGCCCUGCGCGAGCCUGACCAGCCCUUGCGCACAGGAGGGGGACGGCGAGGGGUUCGGCCAGCCAGAGGCAGGGGGCAGUGGGGAGCCCAGCCAGGGGGAGCCAGAGCAGCAAGAGGCACCUGCAACCACGAGCGACAGCUGCCCAGCGGAGGAGACCUGCCGGAGGCUGCCCAGCAACAGGAACCAGAGCAGCCAGGUCAGCUCCUGUGUCAAAAGCCAAGCGCCCGAGAAGCCAGCCAACGCUGCCAACAAGACGCGAGCUGCGCCCACCCAUGAUGUGCCAGGAACCCCUGCCCGCCAGGAUCUCUCCCGCCACACCCACAUGCCAUCUGCGCCAUUCUCCCCGCUCCUGGCCCACAGCACAGAGCCCGCACGGGAGCAGCCCUUCCAGAGAGCCAACUCGGUGCGGGAGCGCGUCCGCAAGUUCACCUCGGAUUCCCUGGCCCAGCCUGGUCCCAGGUCCUGCAGCCAGAAGUGGGAGACCCCUGGCAAAGGCUCCUGGGUCCUGCAGCAGCAACUCCUGCGCCCCCAGGGUGCCUGGGGCUCAAAGGCGGGCGGUGCCCAGUGCACAGCAGACUUACCCAGCAGUCCUCGGUGCGGACUCAGCCCAGCGCCACUGGGCCAUGCUGCCCUCCGGGGAGCCAAGGAGGGCUCGGGGGGCCCCCCAGCCAGCAGUCGUGUGGAGCGCCGCACCUCCUCCUCGGAGGCAGAGGCUGCGAUUGCCGGGGGCCCAGCCUGCCCUAAAGAGGAGGGCAGCUCUGUGGGGAGGAGCCAGGCUGGCCAAUCACAGGGCAGCCUGCUGACGUCCCCCCAGAGGCCCAUUGAAAACGCCGAGGGAAGCUCGUCCGGCACAGAGGAGCCUGGCGCCCACUCUGCCUCUCUGCCCAGCCGCCCGGCCCGGCCCCAGCCUCCUGCCUGUGGCACCAAGGCCAGCGCCAGGGACGAGGACCCCAUGAAAACACUCUUCACCAUCGAGAUCAAGGAUGGCAGGGCCCAGCCUGUCAGCAGCCGCGUCGUGGGCGCACCGGGCAGCCAGCGGGCAGAGCUGACCCUGGGGCUGCGGAGCUCGCCCAUCCGGAUCAGCAGCACCGGCACCGGCAGGGUCAGCACGGCCAGCAAGAUGGAGGCGGAGCUGGUGGAGCAGCCCCAGGUGCUGGUUCCAGAGCCGGAGCUGCCCAAUGGGAUGGAGAAGGCCCAGGCGAGGGAGCCGGAGAAGAGGAGCAAGCUGAGCGCUGAGGAGCUGAGCAGAAUCGAGGAGGAGGACGUGCUGGAUAAGAUGCUGGACCAGACGUCGGACUUCGAGGAGCGACGGCUGAUCCGCACCGCCAUGCGGGAGCUGCGCCAGAGGAAGAGAGAGCAGCGGGACAAGGAGCGGGGCCAGCGGCUGCAGGAGAUGAAGAACCAGGCCGCGGCGGGGAAGGCGGCCCAGGCCACUGAGACCACCACCCAGCAGAGCACCCAGUCGGCUGAUGGUUCAGCCCGCCACACACUCACCAAAACUGAGCGCCUCGUCCAGUCCAACGACGGCACCAGAACCUCCCGUAUGACAACAGUGGAGUCGAGCUACACAAAGCGAUCAGAGAAUGGCAGCACGUUCGUCCAGACCAAAUCCUCCUACAGCUCCUCGUCCAAGAAGGUGGGCAGCAUCUUUGACCGCGAGGACGAGAGCAGCUCGCGCCAGGGCAGUCUGGCCGCUCUGGAGCGGCGCCAGGCUGAGAAGAAGAAGGAGCUGCUGAAGGCUCAGAGCCUGCCCAAGACGUCGGCCACGCAGGCGCGGAAGGCCAUGAUCGAGAAGCUGGAGAAGGAGAGCGGGAGCCCCUCGAGCCCGGCCAUGUCGCGGGUUGCCGUGCAGCGCUCCUCGAGCUUCGGUGUCCCCAACGCCAACAGCAUCAAGCAGAUGUUGCUGGACUGGUGCAGAGCGAAGACCCGGGGCUAUGAGCACGUGGACAUCCAGAACUUCUCCUCCAGCUGGAGCGACGGCAUGGCCUUCUGUGCCCUCGUCCACAACUUCUUCCCCGAGGCCUUCGACUACGCACAGCUGACGCCCCAGAACCGCCGCCGCAACUUUGAGGUGGCCUUCUCCUCGGCAGAGAUGCUGGUUGACUGCAUGCCCCUGGUGGAGGUGGAAGACAUGAUGAUCAUGGGGAAGAGGCCGGACUCCAAGUGCGUCUUCACCUACGUGCAGUCCCUCUACAACCACCUGCGGCGCCAUGAGUUACGCUUGCGGCAGAAAGAGUUCUAGAGCCCCCCCGUCCUGACCCCCCUGUCCUGGGCACGGCUGCAGAGUAAAUAGACCCAGCACUGCCCUGCAGGGACCCAGGUGUGCAGAGGGGGUGCUACCCAUCCCCAGCAGAACUGCCCAGCCACCAGGCUGCCCCACAGGGCCUGGGUGAGGCUGAGACUGGUCCUGCACUGUCUGUGCUCUGCCCCCUGGCCAUGCUGCGAGCUCCCUCCAUCUUCUCCAUGGCAAGCUGAGCCCCCAUGGUCCCUGGCCUGGUCCCCCUGCCAGCUUGGCUCUCACCCCUCUGCCCUGUGCUUUAUAGAGUAUUGUUUUAAGUUAUUCAUUUUAAAGGAAUUGUUUUUAUGCUGUGCAAUACCCCCGACCCCACUUGGGCUGGGAGAGCCCUGUGUACGUCUCAGGCUGGCUGUGUGGGCCUAUGUGCUGCGUAGUGGCAAUGGGCUGGCAUGGUGCUGUAGACACCUGGCCCAGGGGUUUGUCGCUGGAGUUACAUGGGCGGGUGAGUGAGUGCCCCCCACUGCCCUGCUUCCUCCAGGGCUUGAGGCCUGGGUAGCUGGUCUUUGUGUGUGUGUGUGGUGGGGGGGUUCUCUGCCCUUGGGGGGAGUUGCCCUCCGUGGCACUCCAGAAGGGUGCUGCUCACACUCCUGCUUGCAGCCCUCUCCCUUGGGGACCUCCACCCUCAGCACUGUGCCCACACCUGGGGGCAGUUCCCACAUUGGCACGCUGCUGCCCUGCUGCUCACCCCCACCCCUAGGAGGCACCGCCACUGCUGGGACCCACAUUCCCUUUGCCCUGGGGAGCUGGACUGGAACCCGGUGAGGGGGUGGGCUCCUGGGGCAGGCCUUUCCCAGUGGGGCAGCCCCCGGGGCUUGGCUUGGCACCUCCCACUUGUUUCCUUAGCCCUCCGACCUGGCUCCGGGCCCUUUGCACUAAGUGCCACUAGUCAAUUGUGUAACCAUUUCUACACCCCCAUAGACACUUGUAUCAGCACCAGCCCGACAAUAAAGUUCUGUUAUACAGGG